AAUUGAUAAAUGUCAUGCUCCCAGCACCCCCUUACUCCCUGCUAUUUCAUAACUGCACAAACCUCCAAAUUCCUAUAAAAGCCCCUCAAAUGAUCUUAUGCAAAAUACACCUUAAACAACAAUGGAUCAAGAAAACCUUAAGCAUGUCAUGUUCUUCCUACUAACACUAGCAGCUGCUAAUUUUACUACGGCAAUAGACUAUGCCGUUUCCAACAACGCUGGAGCCAGCAACGGUGCAACCCGCUUCGACAAAGAAAUUGGUGCUGACUAUGCCAAGCAAACACUCAGCUCAGCCGCCGAAUUCAUUCAGAAGCUCUUUCAACAAAACAACAACGCCGACACCAAAAGUGUCCAAGAAGUUAGUGUAGCGAUAGAAAACAUCGACGGCAUUGCAUUCGCUAGCAACAACGUAAUUUAUAUAAGUGCAGGAUACAUCGAAAAGUAUUGGGGAGAUAUCAAAAAAGAGAUUACUGGUUUGAUAUAUCAUGAAAUGGCUCAUAUACUGCAGUGGGAUGGAAAUGGCAAGGCUCCUUCGGGACUCACCAAAGGCAUGGCUGAUUUUGUGAGGAUGAAGGCAAGAUAUGCUUCGGAUCAAUGGAGUCCUGCAGGUCUAGGGAAUCAAUGGGACCAAGGAUAUGAAAUCACAGCUCAUUUUUUGCAUUACUGUGAUAAUAUCAAAAACGGAUUUGUGGCGGAUUUGAACGCGAAGCUGAAGAUCGGAUAUAACGAGAGUUACUUUAAUGAUCUGCUAGGGAAGCCAAUUUCUCAGCUGUGGAGUGACUACAAAGCCAUGUAUAAUAAUUAAUAAGACUAACUAAGAAAUUCAUAUCUAGUGCUAAUAAGAAAACAGAUCAUGUAAUGUAUAUGUAAUAACAGAAUCAAAGUUGUGUUAGUCAAUAUUGAUGCUAAUUUUUUAUAAUUAGUAUCUGAAGUACAACUAGCAAGGUAUUGAAGUGGGUGAAAUUUAAGCUUUUAUCUUGCAUAAGAUCUUAUAUUCACAAAAUAUAAAACAUAUUUUAUUUAAAUCCAAGAGGCGAGAGCAUUGAAAUUAAAAUACUGAAUCAGUAGAAGCAGCACCUUAUCCAUCAUAUUUUGAUAUUUGAUUACCAUAAUUGAAAAAUAACUUUGAAUGGAACGUUAUGUAAUCACACGAAAUACGCAAACAACACAUUUAAUGAUGCGGUGUACUCCAAUUAUAAAGUGUUAUGUUAUCAGAACCAAUUCCUAGGGAGAAGAAACAAGAAAAUUUAUUCACUAUACAUAAUAUGACACGGAAACAGUUGUCUUACAGCACUCACUCCAAAAUCUAAGAGAUGAUAUAUUU